UUUAGAAACCUGAAUGAUAAAUCAUUAUUUCAAGACCUGAAUGAUAAAUCAUUGUUUCAAGACCUGAAUGAUAAAUCAUUGUUUCAAGACCUGAAUCAUAAAUCAUUGUUUCAAGACCUGAAUGAUAAAUCAUUAUUUCAAGACCUGAAUGAUAAAUCAUUGUUUCAAGACCUGUAUGAUAAAUCAUUGUUUCAAGACCUGAAUGAUAAAUCAUUGUUUCGAGACCUGUAUGAUAAAUCAUUGUUUCAAGACCUGAAUGAUAAAUCAUUGUUUCGAGACCUGUAUGAUAAAUCAUUAUUUCAAGACCUGAAUGAUAAAUCAUUGUUUCGAGACCUGUAUGAUAAAUCAUUGUUUCAAGACCUGAAUGAUAAAUCAUUGUUUCGAGACCUGUAUGAUAAAUCAUUGCUUCGAGACCUGAAUGAUAAAUCAUUGUUUCGAGACCUGAAUAAUGUUUUGAGAUUCAAAUAA